AUGGCGUUGGGUAUUGGAAACAGAUCCUACCGUGAGCUCGUCCUCGAUGCAGCUACCGCCAGAGCAACUGGAGAAGACCAGGCACCCUUUAUCGGGGACCAGAUCGAAUAUAUCGUCGCAACAUCCUUCUCCCUGCGUUUCACGUCCUUCAAAAAUUCCCAUCCCGAGAUUAGACCAGAAGACCAAGUGCGAUGGAUACCAACCGUGCAGUUGAAAGUGAUGCCGGAGGACGAGGAACUUAUCGCUCGAGCUUUGGCUGAAUUUUCCCCCGAAUCCACCGAUACAGUGACAGAUCACGGCUAUUCCCAAUCUGCGAGAGAGGACCUCCGUUUGGGGGUAGAGUACGUACAAGAAGACUUCCACAGUAAUGAACGUUUGCAACGCAUUGGAUUUAUUGGUGGUCCUUCUGAGAUGUCUUGGGUGCGCGACCUAAACCGGGCAGUGGAGAAGGAUACCGAAAUGCUUAAUGCAAACACUCCAGACCAAUCUCCAAGCGACGACCCUCAAGCUCUGAGUAAGGUGAGUUAUUUCCUAGACGACCAGAAGAUGACUAUUGAUGAUAACAUUGAUGUUCACAUUCGGUCUUCUGAAGAUAUUGCAGAGAGGCUAGUCUGUCUAUAUUUCCAUACUAUACAUCCUUCAUACUCCAUCAUUAGCAGAUUAUCCUUCACGCAGCAGUUGGAAAGCUAUUACACGAAACCUUAUUUGCGGCCAACAAAAAAGUGGCUCGCAAUUCUGAAUCUAGUUUUCGCCGCGGCGGCCAAGCUCGCACACUUUAGUACCUCAACAUCUGGUGCAAGCCAUGGAAGCCCCUAUGGUGUACUUCUCCCGGGCUCAGAGACCUAUCUUUACAGGUAG